GAAAAGAUUAAAAAAAAUAAAUGCGAAAUUUUAAGGAAAAUUCGAUGAAAAAAGAAAAACAAUAACAAAAGCAAACGUUGAUCGAAUAACAUUUGCAGAAAUACGUGAUUAAAACGUAAGUGAAGUGGAGCUUGGUCUGACGGAAAACAAACAAAGAAAGAAAAUACCAAACCAGAGAAAAUUUUGCUCGUUUGUGAGAUAAACAUUUAGGAAUUUCAUGUCAACAUGAGUUACAAUCAAAAACCACCCGGCCCUGGUGGCAGUGGUAUGGGCGGUGGCCCACCAAAUGGACCGAACAAUGUUCAGCAGGCGGCGCAAACUUUUGCUGCUGGCAUACAACAAAUGCAAAAUUUUGUGCACGGUCAAAAUGCGUUACCGCAAUCGUCGCAGUCUGAUUUGAAUGCUUUCUUACAACAGCAACGAAUUCAGACUAUGUUGAAACAGCAGCAACAAUUUAUACAUUUUCAGCAAAUGCAGCAACAACAGAAACAGCAGCAGCAACAUCACAAUAUGACCGGGGGUGGAGUGGGUGGGGUUGUUAGUGGCGCCGGCGGUGGUAGUGGAGAGCCAUUGGCUCUUACGCGUACUCCUGGCGCAGCGGAUUUGCUACACAAAACUUAUCAACAGCAAGCAAAUGGUAAUCCAAGCGCCAAUUCGCCAUUGAAUCAGUUACAGCAGCAGCUACAACAGGCUCUGCAUUUCCAGUUCCAAAUGCAUAAUCAGGCAAAACUGCAUCAACAACAGCAUGCACAGGGCGGUAAUCAGGGUCAACAUCACGGACAGCAACAGUCUAAUCAGGGGCCUUUAUCAUCACAGCAACAGCAACAGCAGAAACUUCAACAGCAGCAAAAUCCACUUUCGACGGUAGCUGGGUUGCAGCAUCUCCAGCAACGUUACAUUACAGCAGCUCAGGCGGUGGCCAGCGGUAAUAAAUUGAGUUCGGUUACACCACCACCGCCGCCGCCACCGCCGCUAACGAAUCAAAUGAAACCACCAAAUCUUCCACCGAAUACCCAAAUAACUCCGGUGGCUGGCACAACUGUUGGUCCGAAUGUUCCAGGCUCAAAUGUGCAUCCGAAGUCACUGAGUAGCGCAACUAUGUCAGCAAUGGGUUCAGGUAAACGUGUAGCCCAAACCCCACCACCAUCCAUAUCAUUAACACCUGCGAAGCAAAACUCGCCUUCGCCUGGGACUGCCCAUCAGCAAAAUAAAUUUCAAACUGCAGGCGGAACAAGUGCAAGCGGAAAAGCGAGCAUAGGAUCUGCGUCUCCGCUAUCAUCAAAUUAUGCUCAGAACUUUCAAAAACAUCCAACACCCAAUAGCGGCGGCACAGCAACCACUGUUGCUAGUCCAUCUAAAGUUGGAGCAAAUGUGGAUGCUGCUGGCACAGCUUUAAAGUCGCCGCAAUCUACGCCGGUGCAAUUAACGAAACAAACACCACCUACGACACCAACACCACCAAUAACUACAACAAAUAAAACAAAUAUUAACGCGACAAUUACGAAUACUGCUCCAACAACAACCGCCACUAGUUCUGCACCUUUUGCAACGACCUUGGUAUCUCCUCAGAAAUCAUCAUCGACCCCAACAAAUUCGAAUUCUUCUGAGAUUAAGAUUAAUACAAAGUCGACCCCAUUAGCAGGCGGUAGCACAAUUAACGACUCGAAACCAAUUGACAAAGAAAUAUGCAAAGUAACAAACAAUAACGGACCCGAAACAUCAGCGACGGGAUGCUUGGGACCAAAUAAAAAGGACGCCAAUAAAGGUAAAAGUCCGCCAGAAAAAACUCGGGAAGCAUCUCCAAAGAUGUCGCCAUCUGUUCCUGCAGUUAUAGCAGAGUCUGAAACUGCGAAUAAGAACGAAGUUAAGACGGCAACUAAGAAGACGGAGGUUGAUGUUAUAACUAAAAAACCAACGCUUACCGCGUCAGAAGAGGGAUCAAAAUUGAAACAAGAUGAAAACGGUGGAGAUAAAAAGUGUAACGACUUACAAGAUGACCUUGCAUCAUCUAUUAAAACAACAGUUAAACCCAAUGCAGAAAUGACUAAAACCCCUCAAACUGCUGACCCCACACUUAAAAACGAUGAUGCUUGCAAAUCCCCUCCAAAAGUUCCAUCAUCUGCAAUUGUUAGCGAGAAAAUAACAACAGAAGAACAAAAGCGAUUGAAAGAUUCAUCGAUUGUGGAUCGUGUUGACUUUAGCGACGAUGUCGAAAAGAGCAAAAAUGGCGAGACAUCGAACGAUAAUGAAACACAAAAUACCGAGAACCCAAAAACAAAUAUUUCUAUAAUCAAAGAUGAAGUAAAGCCGAUAUCAAAUACUGCCGUAGACACUGCGUUAACAACCUCACCAAUAAGCAGAAGCUCCGAGAAGGGCAACUAUUUAUCGGGUGGCCAGAGUUCGGAACAAGAUACACCGAGUAUGGACGCAAUGUCUACUUCGCCGACGUCCACAAAAGCAACAAAAUUCAGUGAAAAGAAAUCGGUCUUACCAUCGCCAGAUAAAGGAAGCACUUUAGAAGAUCGCAUAAAUGAUAUAAAAUUGGAAGCGAAUAACACAGAAAAGGAGGAGAGCAAGAAAGUUCUUAAAACGCAAGAAUUCUCAAGUGAAUCAAUUAAAGUUGGAAUAUCAGGGAAAAUUAAUAAGAAUAAUGAUGGUAAAGAGGCUAACAACGCUAGCAUUAAAAAUGAAACUUUAUCUGCAUCAACAACAACGGCUUCUGAAACAGUGUUAAAUACUGCGAUUAAAAAAAUGGGUCGCCAAAGCAAGACAUCUAAAGCAAAUAAAACCACGAUUUCGGCAGCUACCACCACCACCACUACCAGUACUACAACUACUACUACUAAUGAAAAGGUGAAGGCACAAGGAGAUGAUAAGCCAAUUGCCACAGGAAGGGCGAAAAGGAAAUCCAAAGUCGAAUCGUAUGCUAUUGAUUCUUCAGUAUCAGCAACAUCCAAAGCCGAAAAUAUCACUCCGUCAGCAGAUCGCAAAUCGCAACGUCAUCGUCUGAAAACCAUACUUUACCAAAGUCCAUUGCCCGAAUUGGCAUAUAUAACAAAAUUGUCAGCUAGUGAAGCUUCGAAUUCGCCGAAACCAAUGUCAAGUGAGGAUCGUCUGAUAGUGUUUUAUAAGAAUGAAUAUAUGGCGGUACGGAAUGCCGAAGGUACAUUUUACCUGUGCCAGACUAUGCAAAAUGUUUAUCGAACAUCACCCCGCAUUAGCAUUCGUUGGUUAUCUGAAGACUCUAAAGAUCCGAAUAUUUAUGUACCCGAUUUUUAUGAUCAUACCGACAUUGAGUGCGUACUUACCACAGUUGAAUUGAAGCGUAUAGAUAAGGGUCAUAUGCGUUUACCAAAAUCGGAAAAGACACGCAUUGAAAGCAUAUUGAAGAAGGCGUUAGAUGUGGAAAAAGGCAUAGCACCACGCCCUGAACUGACCGAAGAGAAUCCUGAUGGGCUUGACAUUUCUCUCUACAAAGAUGAAUCUCAAAUUGAAAAGAAACCACCGGUGUUGGCGGCCGGAAGUUCAAAUGGGGGUCAUGAGACACCUUUUACUACUAGUGGCAGAAAAUCUCGACGUGGUGGUAUUGGUAAUGUGAUACCAAAAUAUACUACUACUAUCGCAUCUAGCCAUAAUGUAGCGGAAACCUCCGCGCCAUCUACUGUAAAAAGUAGCAAACGUAAGCGGGCUUCAGGUGUUGUAAGCCUACUGGCUGCGUCUUCUAAUAUACGCAAAUCGUCUAAUAAGAAAAGAAAACCUCUGAAACGAAAACGAAAACAAAAGUCUACCAGUAGCGAUGAUGACGAUGAUCAGGAGAGUUCCGAUGACCUUGAAUCGGAUACCGAUUAUAAACCAAAUCAAAAACGUUCAACCUUUAAUGCCAGUGCAUCGAAAGCAACACCACGAGCACAAAGAUCACCUUUGGCUAAGGCCAGAGCGGCCUCGCCUAUUACACCCACAACUUCAAGAGCUAAAAAUGUGCCUCAGGAGAGUACACCCACACCAUCAACUUCGAAAAUAACGGCAACAACACGCGGCGAAAGGGCUUCAAAGAGAAAGGCGGCCGAUGUUGUAGCAGAAGACAGUAUCAUUGUAAAAAAGUCAGUCGUAAGUUCCAGCACAGUUGGACCAACAACAGCGGUAAUAGCAACAGCAACAGCAACAGCAACAGCAGCAGCAGCAUCAACAUCAACAUCAACAACCCCUACAACCAUUGCCAAUACAAAACCAGCAGCAACAACAAAUAAUAAUAAAAAUAAAUCUUCGGAAUCUGCUUCGUCAAUUGAAAGCUCGGUUAAUAGUGGCUUUGCAUUGCAAAAAAAAAAUUCGGAUAAUAAAAUGAUUGAGGCGGCGUCCGUUACGAGCACUAACAACACGUCAUUUACGAGCACAAAUAACAAUAACAAUAAUAAUAACUGUAGCACCCCUUUGUUGAUUGUUCCAAAUAUUUCGACGAGCAGUCCUCAAACGGAAAACACGGGAACAGCAGGUAACAAUAGUGGUAAUAAUGGAAGCAGUGCAGCAGGAAAUCGAUCAACUAGGAGUCGAAAAUAGAAUUUCAAGGUACUUUCAACAAAUUAUUAACAGAACAGAAUUUACUUAAAACACAUAUGGAAAACUUUAUCUCUAAAAUGAGGAAGAAUUUGCAAAUCUGCAGCGAGUGCUAUUUAAAGCGAUAUUUCUUCUCAAUAGUUUUGUUAACAAAAAUGAAAAACAAAUUCACAAGAUUUUCUUUUAAACUUUAUUUAGAAAAUCAUUUAUU